AUGGAUUGUUCUUUGUUCUCACCACUGCGUGUUUUUGCAGGCAAAUCGAACAAAAAGAAGAAACUCAUUAUUAUUGGUGUUACAGGUUCAGCAAUUGCUGGAGUGUUAAUAUCAAUUGCAAUUCUGUGUGUCAGAUACAAGUCACCAACCUGGCAAGCGAAUUCUGGGUUGACUUCAAAAGGUAAUCAAAAUAUUGAAGCAUUCCUAAAAAUUCACGGCUCUCUAGCUUUGAAAAGAUAUAAAUUAUCACAUGUAAAAAAAAUCACCAACAACUUCAAGGUGAAGCUGGGAAAAGGUGGUUUUGCUGUGGUGUACAAAGGAAAGUUAUCCAAUGGUAGUCCUGUGGCUGUAAAGAUGUUAAAUGCAUCGAAGAAAAGUGGUGAAGAAUUUAUCAACGAGGUUGCUAGCAUCAGUCGAACUUCUCAUGUAAAUGUGGUCAAUCUUCUUGGAUUUUGUUUGAAAGGUCGAAAGAGAGCUCUCAUAUAUGAAUUUAUGCCCAACGGUUCCCUUGACAAAUUCAUUUAUAGAGAAGGACAUGAGACCCUUUCACCUUUGAGUUGGGAUAUCAUAUAUCAAAUUGCAAAGGAUAUAGCUCGAGGGUUAGAAUACUUGCAUAAGGGAUGCAACACUCGAAUUUUUCACUUCGACAUUAAACCACAUAACAUUCUUCUGGAUGAGAAUUUUUGUGCAAAGAUAUCGGAUUUCGGGUUGGCAAAACUGUGUCCUAGGAAUGAAAGUAUUAUUUCCUUGUCAGAUGCUAGAGGAACAAUGGGGUAUGUAGCUCCAGAAAUGUGGAGUAGAAAUUUUGGAGGGGUUUCACAUAAAUCUGAUGUUUAUAGUUACGGAAUGAUGCUGCUAGAGAUGGUGGGAGGGAGGAAAAAUAUUAAUGCUGAAGCUAGUCAUACAAGUGAGAUAUACUUCCCACACUGGGCAUACAAUCAGCUUGAGUUGGACAAUGAUUUGAGACCAGAUAUGGUGAUGACAACAGAAGAAAAUGAGAUUGCAAAGAGGUUGGUCAUAGUAGGUUUAUGGUGCACUCAAACGUUUCCUAAUGAGAGACCUACAAUUAGUAGAGUGAUAGAUAUGUUGGAAGGCAACAUGAACUCCCUAGAAAUCCCACCAAAACCUUCGCUUUCUUCUCCCACUAGAUCAGUGCCAGAAUCUUCCAUUUCCUGA